CUGGGAUGACACUUGAGAAGAGACAGGCAAAAGGGUAAAAAGGAAUAAAAAAAGUGUGUGAAAACAAUGCUUUAAAUAUGUUGGCUUUGGGGAACUUAGGGAACCAAAGAUUCCCAGAAGAGGGGGAAGGGGAGAUGGAAAAAGUAAUGGAUCCAGAAUGCUCAGGAUAUAUAUGCUUUAAGAGGUUUUGGGAGAACUGAACCCAGAGGAGCAGAGAAUGAGAGGAAGGUAUGGAAUUAGGACAGCAAGAAGGGUCAGUACCUGUUUCAUAUUGAACAAGUUUUGCAUAAAAGACAGGGAAACACUAGUGUAUGCACAGCUAUUUGUGCAUCUCUUUCUAAGAACAAGUUUCUCAACAUUUACUCAUUCUUCUACUUCAGGCUGUUUAAUGAUAAAACUUGCCAAGCACCUCCUGACUUAAGCAAAACAAAGCAAAUCUGAGAACAUAAACAACCCUGGACACUGGACCAUCCACUUUCCUAAAAUCAGAUAGCGCACUACCUGGUUUUAGUCUUAAGAAUGAAAUGUCUCUUAAGUGGCUCGCUCUCUUUUCAUUCAGAUCCGCCUGCUACUGUGGUCAAAAAUAGUUUACUGUGGCUUAUAACCACAGAGAAGUCACAGGUAUCCAUUUCACACUUACUCACCCGCUGCUAUUAAUGACAUUUUCAGGUCAUUCUCCAGGUUGACAAAGAAACUGAGAAUUUACAUCUUCCGUUGUGAAUCAUUUGAUGCUUCAAAAUGGCUAUCCUUGUUACCCUAGAUGCUUCCUUUACAUAACUGAGACACUUGACUUUUAGUUUCACAGAUCAAUUUGGCAAAUACACCUCCUGACCAAAGAGUAAGCAGCCUGCUGCUGUUACUGAGGAAGUGUGGUUUGCAAAGCUCCCCACAUGAGCUAAAGGCUUUGGAGGGGGACAGUUGCUGCUGACCUACAGACAGAUGAGUUGGGUGUUUGCAGCAAGUGCUCAGGAUGAUUUUGGAGGAGAAGGGGAAUUUAUCCUUGUACCAAAGCAGAAUGCAGUGCAUAGGCUGAGUGCAAGACAGACACUUGUCAAACCCACUCUCAGCUGCUAAUAUUUAGGGCAGCUUUCAGUUCUUCUUUCUGGCACCUUACUGGCUCAAAGCAUAUGGGCUUCUGUGAAGGUAGGCCUGCAAAUUCCUCUGCAAUGGUAACUUCCACAGACAUCACUGGAGGCUGUUGAGCUGUCAAGGACAGCUGUUCAGAAAAGAUGUCUGCAGGCUAUGCAUCUGCACCAGGAAGUUCUUAGGGGCCAGCGCGUGAGACCAUGCAGCUACACCAUCAGCCAGAGACCUCCAUGGCUUCUACUGAGGUCCACACACGACCAAAGAGGAGAGAAAAGAAGCGUGUGCAGUGCUCACCUAUGGCUUUUUAAAGUGAAAAGAAUGAUGGAUUUCAAAGAGGAAAUUAAACCCAUUUCUGAUGUAUGUAUUAAAGAGACCAGUUCUGCAUUAUCUACAAGAGCAGGAAUGUCAGAUCUUCAAGGACCACUGGUGCUUCCUGAGCUACCUGCACUGGGAGCCCAUGAGACUCACCACAUCUUUGUCAGUUAUAGCAACACUGAUUCAGCCUGGUCAAGGAACUUUAUCCAGAGUUUAGAGACUAUGAUUCCUAAUCUGAAGGCGUGUUACCAUGAGAGAGACUUUAUACCAGGUAAAACCAUAAUUGAAAACAUGGUUGAAUCCAUUCAAGGAAGCCAGAAGAUAGUCUUAGUUCUCAGCCCUGACUUUGUCCAGAGCAGGUGGUGUCUUCUGGAAGCCAAUCUGUCUGUCUUCCAAGACUGUUUGGGAAGGAAGCCAGUGAUCCCCAUCAUGUUAGUGCCUUGUUUUGUGCCACUGCACCUCACCCAUUUGACUUAUCUUGACACCAAUGAUGUCCACUUUUUAGAUAAAGUUAUCAAGGUGAUUUGCACUCCCAAUCACAAGAUGAGGAAUGCCACCAUGGUUCCUUAUAGCCCUCCAUCCCUCUACAAUGGGAAGUCCCUCCUGACUCUACCUGCAGUGGAUGACCAGGUCGUUCCAAAAUGGAGAGGAGGCACAUUCAGUGAGGCACUGCCUGACCAGCUGAGUAUAGUCUGUGAAGAUACUGAGGUCUACAGAAAGGCCAUCCAGAUGAUUAAUGAGGUAUCUUCUAGGGUAUCACCUUGUACCUCAAUCAGUGUUCUCUCCGGGAUUGCAGUUAGCCUAUUAGGAAGCUUAUUUUUGCUAGUUGGUAUCUUAUUAUUUGUUGGGUUUGAUCAGGACUCUGGUGAUUCUUACGCAACUUUCCUGGGCUGUAUUAUGAUCUUUGCAACUCUGUGUACCUUUUCUGUUUCGUUUAAUUGUGUCUACAACUACAAAAUCAAAUCAGCCGAUGAGAAACUUCUGGAGAUGUCCCAUGCUGCUGGUGAGGCCAACUCACUGCUGAUAAAGAAUUCCCUUCUGGUUGGCUGUGAUUCCCAACUGAAGCUCCAGUUAGUCUACAUCUCCCUUGAGGGGUGCAGGAGUCACUUCACAGAGACUUUUGGAGAGGGAGAACCCUCUGCUGAAGAGAUGUUCCAGAGAGCCUUGCACUAUUUCUCCUCUGAUUAUGCCUGUUGUGUAGCCAAGAAGCAUUUCCAGUUCUCUGGCUUGGGGACAACACCAGGACACUGGGAUAAAGGGCCUUGUUUUUGCCAGUUUGUGUACCACUGUAUGGAGAAAGGGUCCUGGCACUGGAAUAGUGAUUAUCAUCCAGAUAAAAGAGAACUGAGUUUAGAUUAGAUGCUGGCGAGGUUAUACUUUGAGCAGCAGGCAAGAUAAAUAUGUAAUGGACACUAGUCCUUUUUUGUCUUGACAAAAAAGAGCUUUGGGUAUAAGAAAGAGAAAGGGGAUUAUAUUCUAUUUCCAUUUGACCCUCGAAGAAAUGCAACACUAAGGUAUUUGCAGGCAAAAUAUCUAUGGUGGCAAUGUCACGGGAAAAAAAAAGAGUUAUUUGUUCAUCUACUGAGGUAGCCGCACUCAAGUACAGCCCACUUAUAUACUGCCCACAAGACAAAGGUUAGGGGAAAAAGAAGCAUAAACCACAAGGUGGUUGUCAGUGCAGACAUCUAGGCGUACAGAAGGUGUCUUGCUGAAGGCUAAUAAGGGGAAAAAUGUUCUCCAAAGAACAUCAGUUCCCCUCCAUAUCAGGCUUAUUUGCAGGGGAGGUAAAGUGUCAAAGAGAAGACUGGUUGAUUUAACUGUCUCUUGAGCACACCAUGUUCUUUAUUACAUC